GUCCAGCACUGACCCCUGAAUUUGGAGCCGGACUCCCGGGAGAUCCAACAUCCCCGUUCCCAUCGAUUUCCCCGGCCUCAAUACCAGCACCCGCCCACCAAAGCACCCCACGGCAAGGCCACAUCCUCGUCUUUUUCCCCUCCUUCAACUCCACCAAAGCUUCGUUCCCUCUGCCCGUGGUUGUAGCUGUUGCGCGCACCUCCCCGCGCAUCACCGCCCCUCCCCGUCGGGCGCCUGUCGUUUCCCUUCCCUAGCCAACCAUGAGCUGAGCGCCCUCGCCUCUCCGACCCGAAUCCGCAGUCAUGGGGCUCCUCUCCUACGCCUCUAGUCUCUACGACAUCGACACCCUCGACACUCGCUUCACCACCCCGUCGUCCGUCCCCUACCAAACCGUCGUCGAUUCGCGCGCCGAUGCCGACGCCGACCUGAAGAAGGACGUUCCGGACAAGCCGCGACUCCACGGGCAGCCGUCGAAAUGGAAAACCCCCGAGUACUACUUCUACCUCGGCUUCCUCGCCUUCAUGAUCCCCUACAUGUUCUGGAUCGCCUAUGGGGUCUCGAGGCCGUCUGACCCACGAUAUGUCAAGUUCAGCAAAUAUCUGACCCCAGGUUGGAUCCCCGGCCGUAAGAUCGACGCCUCCGACAACCAGUACUACGUUUUCCGAAAGAACCUCCCCUACAUGGCCUCGCUCCUCGUCUUCCACCCACUCCUGCGCAGGCUGUGGAACGCCGUGUAUAAGAGCGGACCGCAAUCCCCCCAAAGCCGCCUCGACCAGCGCGCCACAUUCGACUACGUCUUCGCAUUCAUAUUCUUGGCAGCGCUACACGGGAUAUCAGCUCUCAAGGUCCUGUUUAUUCUCUAUAUGAACUACCAGGUGGCGACACAGCUCCCUAGGAAAUACGUUCCAGCAGGCACCUGGAUUUUCAAUAUCUGUACUCUAUUCGCAAACGAGCUCUCGAACGGGUACCAAUUUAGAACUAUGGCCAGCUACAUCUCCCCACCUGUGAUGGCUAUUGUCGGAAAUGGGAUUAAGACGGUUGACUCAGACCUGAUGCAGUUUGGCAACUGGCUCGACAGCUUCAGAGGCAUCCUGGCCCGGUGGGAGAUUCUGUUUAAUAUUACUAUUCUGCGCCUCGUCAGUUUCAACCUCGACUACUAUUGGAGUCUAGACCGAAGCAACUCCAACUCGCUAGAGAAGCAACUCGACCCCUCCAACCUCUCCGAGAAAGACCGUGUUUCCAUCCCCGCGGAUCUCCGAGACUUUUCUUUCCGAAACUACAUUGCCUACGCCGUAUACGCACCGUUAUACCUGGCCGGCCCGAUUCUCACAUUUAACGAUUAUAUUUCACAACAAAAGUACCGUCCUGCUACGAUUGAGACGCCGCGUACUAUUCGAUAUGGUAUCCGAUUCCUCUUGGUAUUCCUAGCAAUGGAGGUGGUCCUCCACUUCAACUAUAUUGGCGCAAUUAGCAAGGCCGGUCCGGAGUGGAGGUCCUAUACUGCCGCUCAAUUGGGGCUUUUAUCCUUCUUCAAUCUACAUAUCAUUUGGUUGAAGCUUCUGCUCCCCUGGCGCCUUUUCCGACUCUGGUCACUCCUCGACGGUGUUGAUCCGCCUGAGAAUAUGGUCCGAUGCGUCAGCAACAAUUACAGCACCCAGGGCUUCUGGCGUGCGUGGCACCGCUCAUACAACCGCUGGUUGAUCCGCUACCUCUACGUACCGAUGGGAGGUUCCUCAUUCCGCAAUUGGCAAGCCAUGGCCAAGUCCGUUGUGACCUACUUAGUCGUUUUCACCUUUGUGGCCCUCUGGCAUGACAUCAAGCUACGGCUCCUGAUCUGGGGAUGGCUGAUUGUUCUGUUCAUGAUACCCGAGUGGACGGCUGCCUAUCUCUUCCCUAAGCGAAACUGGGAGCAUCGACCUACUGAAUACCGGUUUUUAUGCGCAGUGGGAUCAGUGCUGAACACCUUUAUGAUGAUUGCCGCCAACCUGGUUGGAUUUGCGGUUGGCCUGGAUGGCUUGACGAGCAUCUUGCAAAGCAUCCUGCACGAUUGGUCUGGUCUCGUUUUCCUCUGUACCGCCUUCACGACCCUUUUUGUGGCGGUUCAAUGUAUGUUUGAGGUUCGUGAAUCGGAGGCUCGACGGGGAAUUAUGAUCAAGUGUUAGAAUCUAUGCAUCGCCACCGCGUUUGUGUCACGCGUUCCCGAUAGACUGGGCCAGAAUAAUUGUAAUGGUACGACAAGAAGUUAUGGAUGUGGUAAUGAGAGAUGUAUGGCAAUAUGGAAAGGCUUGUUGAAAUGAUAUCACACUGGGAUGUUG